UUUCUUUGCGGAUUUGCAUACCAACAAUGUGCACACUGCGACCUGUAUCGUACUGUUUACAUACACAACUGUACUUAGGCACGGAACAAUGUUACCUUGUCUGUGUCUGUGUUUUAGGACAAUGUAGUUGCAUUCGGAGACCUUUGUUUGACACCAAUGUGUACCAAAUACGUUUUUGAUACAUUUGAGCAUAUUUUCUGGUUAAAGGUUUCAUGUGCACGGUAACCUGCACACUAAUCUGAGUACAAUCUUCCUGUAUAUCAAACCCUUGGGACCUGGGAAACUCCAAACUUCUUGUAUCUCAUACUGUUAUAUCACACAUUUGACUCAUAUGGGAUGGUUCAGUUGCAAACUGGGGUUGAACAACCAGAUGUGAUCUCACCAUGCAAUCUUGCUUUUCUGUGGAACUCUUAUUUGUGGGAGUUGUUUUGAGAAAAUGGGCAGUAUUGCAGAACAGUGUAUCUGAAAAUAAGCCCCCCCCAAACAUCACCAUUUGUAAUCAAAAGUUUUACAACCUUAACAUCUCUUUUAUAGCCUUAACAUCUUCACUAUCAGUGCUGACUUUUCUUAACAUUUGACAUGUUUUCUCCAACAGAAAGCACCACUUCCACCAUGGAUGAUGAACAGUGUUACUACAAUGAAACCAUCGCCUUCUUCUACAACCGCAGUGGCAAGUACCUUGCAUCUGACUGGAACACCGUCAGCAGACUGGUGAUGGGUUUGGGAAUCACCGUGUGCAUCUUCAUCAUGCUUGCGAACCUUCUCGUGAUGAUCGCCAUCUACGUCAACAGGAGGUUCCACUUCCCUAUAUACUACCUGAUGGCAAACCUGGCAGCUGCUGACUUCUUUGCUGGACUUGCAUACUUCUACUUGAUGUUCAACACGGGACCAAACACGAGGCGUCUGACUGUUUCCACAUGGCUGCUGCGCCAAGGCUUGAUCGAUACCAGCCUCACAGCGUCUGUGGCCAACCUGCUAGCCAUCGCCAUAGAGCGCCAUAUCACCGUGUUUCGCAUGCAGUUACACACACGCAUGAGUAACCGACGUGUGGUGGUGGUGAUUGUCAUAAUCUGGACCAUGUCCAUAGUUAUGGGGGCAAUCCCCAGUGUGGGCUGGAACUGUAUCUGUAGCAUUAGCUACUGCUCCAACAUGGCCCCACUUUACAGCAACUCAUACCUGGUUUUCUGGGCAGUGUUUAACCUAGUGACAUUUGUUGUCAUGGUGACGCUUUAUGCCCACAUCUUUGUCUAUGUGCGCCAGAGGACCAUGAGGAUGUCACGGCAUAGCUCUGGACCACGACGCAACCGUGACACCAUGAUGUCCCUGCUGAAAACCGUUGUGAUUGUCUUGGGUGCCUUCAUCAUCUGCUGGACCCCUGGCCUGGUCAUCCUCCUGCUCGACGUCUUCUGUGCCAACUGCAACGUCCUCACCUACGAGAAGUUCUUCCUGCUUCUCGCUGAGUUCAACUCGGCCAUGAACCCCAUCAUCUACUCCUACCGAGACAAGGAGAUGAGCGCCACCUUCAGGCAGAUCCUGUGCUGUCAGCGGCAGGAGAACACCAAUGGGACGGUGGUGGAGGGAUCUGACCGGUCGGCGUCAUCCGUCAACCACACAGUGCUGAGCGGUGGAACUCACCACCAUCACCACCAUAACAACGAACACUCGGUGGUAUAAAGGUGGUUCUGAAAACCACGGAGAUUAACAGCUUAAAGGGUUAAUCUCUUAUGGAGAUAGCGACUGUAAGACGGUUCAUGGCAGCAUGGGAAGGUCAAGAGGGACUGUUAACAUGAUAUGAACUGUGGACAGUAAGGGGUUAAAUUCAAGAAUGAAGAUAAAGUAUGUGGAGUAGAGUUGAUGUUAAACGGGAUGACAUCACAAUGAAGGAGAAGAUGGCGUCUUUAAUGAAAGCAGACAAGACUUUAUCGUGAUUGGGGAAGAGCAGAAGAUGAGUGUGAUCUUUGAGGACACCAUUAGGCUGUUAGUAUUUUUGUUCAGUUGUUGUUAUUCUUUUCCAUGUGUUUGAAACGUUGAUGUUUAUGAACUAUUUAAAGUAAUCUGUGAAGUGAAGGUAAUGCCAGUAUAACACAUCCUCUUUUUCCCCAGCCUUCUUCAACUUUGCAUCCUUUUGUUAAGGGUUUGGACCCUUAGAUAACCAGUUUCCUAUGACAUCAUGAGUAUUUGUUCUGCGGACAACACUUCCAUAAGUGUUCACAUAACACCCAUUUCAGGAAUCGUUUGCAUUAGUCACAACAUUUUGCCUCGAUUUGACCCAGGUUAAGAGCAUUGUACUUUCUUUUUGUUCAUGUGUUCUGUGGAAAGAUCUCAAAUCUGUGGAAGAUCAGACCAACACCUGCCUGUAACUUAAAAGGAACAGUACCAUUUUGUUUUUACUAAUCAAAUAACCUUGUGGACUCUAAGGGUUGUUCUUAUUCUUGCUCUGAUCCUAUUCCAGGCUUUUUUUUUUUAAAAAAGAACGCAAGUAAAGAAAAAUCUAAGACUUUCUACCGACAUGUUGGGCAUGUUUAGAGAUUUCCAAAGCAUAAUGCAUCACAGUUGUACCUGUUAUGUUUGAGUAACCAGAGCCACUAUUUAUUUCUGCAGUAGCUUCAUUCAUCUUUUAAUAACUCUAAAACUUUAAUACUCUUAGGACUUAUUAAACGUAUCCUAUUAACUGACUAAAAGCUUUCAUGAAUGCAUCCCAAAUGCGUUCCCUCCAUUCAACUUAAAGAUAUGAAGGGUCCAAGAUCAGCAGGAAUCCUGUUUAUUCUCUGGUAGGAAUUGGAGACAGGUCGUUCCAGGGAUCUUACCGAAGAAGGGAGGAUAAUGUUUGCAGUUUCAGAGCAGACUCUGUGCCUCGGUGUUAUGUGGAGACAAGAUGAAGGUCAUAUGUGGGACGCAAUAACAGAGCUCAGAUCAUGAAAUGUGCUGAGCUGUCCACUUCUGGUGGAUAAAGUCUGUGUUUAUGAGACUGUCUGAGGGGAAAGAGGUAGAAGUGUUGCUGCUCUCUGAUAGCACCAGUAGAAUAUCUGAAGCUGGACGUUAGUAAGUUAUGUCAAAAUUAGAAUAAAGUGUGAUCAUAACAUCAUGAGAGGAGAUACAAUGCAGCAUUUGGCCAUGAAAUGAAGAAACAAUUGAUUUUAAUGAAUGUCUGCCAGGAUUUGUAGUUUACCAACCACAAUUAUACAGCAGCUAACUAUAAUUAGGGCAAUCAGCUUUCCGGAACUGAAGACAUUGAUGUGGGGAUGUUAAAUUAUGACCAGACCUAUAGUGGGAAGAUCAAGUGAAUGAACUAGAAUGAUACUUCCAACAAGUCCAUUUUGUAAUGAAGCUAACUUACAAGAGUAGGAGUCUUCAGCCAAGCAAGCAGCUGCACUAAGGCAACGCAGUGCUUUGAGCUUAACAGUAGCAUGAGCUUUGAAGACCUUGAGAUUUAAAGGUGACAUUUACUACAGUAUAUUAAUAAAACUAACUUAAGCUUGCAGAAUAGCACUAAACAAAAAGUGAACCUGAGGUUGGUAUAAAUGUUUAACAUUUUGUUUUUUGUAGCUGGUCAUGAGACAGAGGAAAAAUCUACAACCUGAUGGUUGCAGUCAAUGGAGAUCAUUCUGAGGGGGGGGUGAAUGGCUCUACCAAAUUUCAGUGCAUCCAACAGUUUAAUUCCGGUCCGGACCAAGGUGGUAAAUUAACUAAAAGACCAUCAUCCAAAGAGCAGCGCUGGCAAUGUUGUCGGUAAUUAUGCAAUUUGCAAUUGAUCAGUGAUGCAAAAUCAUGUCAGAGUUCAGCAACACAAAAACAAAACUUAGAUUUACUUUCACGACCAAAUCUACUAAUUCCGUUGCAUUCCUUUGACUCUUUACAAAUUUCCAUCGGAUCAAAAGCUGGUGUUACCAAUCCCUGCACUACUUAGUCCACAAUCUGUUGCUCUUUUGCCCUUCUUACUAUAUCCCACUCAGCCCAUGAGCUCCUUAUCAGCUUGGUCUCUCAUACAUAAUUGUGAAAAUAAAUCUCCAAAUUGUUAACUCCUUCAUGGCAUAUUCCCUGUUAACUAGAAGUUGAACGACAAGUACACAUGUAUUGCUUUGUCAGUGUUAUUGGUGAUAUGAAGUAGAGCUGUCCAUCUAAAAUAUAACGUGUUUUAUUGUGUUGCCAUACUGGAUGGAUAAGGUUAUGAUAAAGUUUAUGUGAAUUCAUCUUUACUUGCAAAUGUUGCAUAUAAGGAUGGACACAAAUGAUUACCAUUCAAUGUAUAGUGUUUCUCCAUUGAUGACUAAUGGAGCCUGUUUCUUAUUUGCACUGUUGCAUGUGUACAAUACUCCAGAGCAGAGAAGUUUGUCUCAUUUAUUGAGGAAGUUGACACUUCAACGGACAAAAUGUCAUGAAAUCUCAGGCAUGUCCUGGUGAGUAGGCAGUCUUCUUUGGACUUGAAGUUUUUAGGUAGAGUCUUUCUAUUAACAACUUGUGCUGUCUUUUUUAAAUUAGAAGCUGCAAAGUUGGAUUCCCCUUAAUAUAAAGUUAAGUUGAAUUUCUCACAGUUACGGUUUAGAUACCCAACUCCAAAUGUCUUAUUUAGAAGGACAUUCCAACAUCAUUUCAGGUGAAUUAGGUUGGCAUGGAUUACGAUUUGGAGGACGAUAUUUGUCCUGUGAAAAAUAUGAUUGGAGGCAUAAACAUUUUUAAUGACAAUUUAAAAAUGAAUGGAAUAUUUGCCAUACCACAUCUUGAAGCGUUUUUGCUUUUUAACCUUCAUAUAAAGGUGUACUGACAACAAUGACAUUUUACAAUUUAUUAUUUGAACAGUAAUAGUCUAGUAGCCUCCAUGAUGUUCUCCGGAAUUAACAAUCCGAGAAGUGAGAUAUAGUUAAACCAAUGCAGGGUUAAACAGGUUCAUUACAUUUCCAGAAGUGCUCUUACUAAUUGCUGCGACUUACACUCUACAUUUCCAGCUGACGUUCAGCAUGCUGAUGCAAUGACGUGCGUUGUUGAAAUAAAAAAAUUGCCAGCGGAACGCUUUGUCCAAAUGUGAAUCAAAACACUUUUGGGCUGAAAAACCUUGACAAAGUUUCCAACAGCUGACAGAAAAGAGGGAAUCACAGCCAAAAAAAAAAACAUUCCAAGUAUCAGGAUGUUUGUCAGAAAGCUGCAGUAAGACGUGAAAUCAGCUGGUAUUUAUUACAUGUUGAAGUUAACAAACGUCUGACCUAUUAAUGAGGCAACAUUGGUACCUUUAUUGAGAAAACAAUUACAGAGUAUGUGUAUUUAUUCUACCAGAGCUCUUUAGAGUGAGGAGUGUUUCUCCAAUGUUUUUGGCCUAUAUUCUCCUGGAUGUGCCUUUAAACUAUAUCAAGGAAGCAAAUUGAGAAAACUCAAUAUUCCAAAGAUGCAGUUUUGCCUUUGGAGUUUGUCCAUCUGUCACUGAUGUUAAUGUUUCACAAGAGGCCUCACAAGAAUACUGACACAAGCAGUGCAACUAAUAUUGCCCAACCUUUGCUAUGGACUCAACCCUCCAUAUUUAGAUAUUCACUGAGAGUGUUUUUCUAACAAAAUACUCAUUCAGGUAUUACAGCAAACCAACCUAACUAUCUGUCUUUAAGUGUCUCUGUUUACCAGUUUGUCACUACAACAUUGUGAGUAUGUGUGUACAGUAUGUAUGUAUAUAAAAUAUAUUAUUCAAAGUUAAUCACCAAAGGGAAAGUGUUUGUAAAUUUAACUGUUAUACUCUGUCACAAUGUACUGUAGGAUGUUGUUGAUGUUUUCCAUGUCAUGAGCUCUUUUUUUAUUUUGACCCUAAUUAACAAACUUCCUCUGGACACUAUAACAGUUAUUUACAUGUUUGUGACCCAGAACUAGUUAUCCAUGUGUGCAGUGCCUUGCAGUGUUCUUCCUAAAGGAGUAAAUUUACACCAGGCUGAACAAAGGUUUUUUUUUGGCCCUCUUUGGUCGGGUAAUCUCGAGCCUCUUUCACUUCAGCAACACUGAUGGGUGUGCCUUGUUAAAUUGGUAACCAUUCCCAACAGUGAUGUCACUGCCGAUGUCAGGGGUCUCUGGAUUACACCGUAACAUCACUGCAGCUAGGUGAGAAGUUUAACCACUAGAGGUCAGCUUAAGCAAGAUUUUCAGGUGGUUUUUCAGUUGCUCAAAGUGUGUGUGUUGCUAACACCGUCGUUUUUGCAUUUUCCUUCAAAUAGAACAUCAAAAUGUUCACAGUGUCACAGUGUGUCCUAACAGCAUGCAACAUGAGCGUGAUUCUGUCCUUUCCUACUGGAGUGUCCUAACAGCACACAAGCAAUGCAUCAGUGUACGACACCCUAGUUUUUACUCCAAUGCCCUGUUUCUAUUUUCCUUUCUGUCGCACAUGUACAAAUGGAUAAAGAAUGAGGGAGUUCGACAAGAGGCUGGGAGUGUUUUCUUUCACUUUCCUCACCCACUUGUUGAGAUGGUACUGCAUUAUUCAUAUCCAUAUCUGUGACUGAUAUGUUGCGCUUUGACUUGUAUUAACUUGGAGGCGUCACUUUUUUUUGGCUCAUCACUGUUAAAGGCCAUACAGGCCAUAUAAGGCAAUACAAAGCACUACAUUUCAGUUUCUCCACACUCAUAAUAACCGCACUGACUCUGAUACUUUUAACAAUCUGAAAUUCACAGAGCAGAGAAGUAAAUAUCUAAUGGACAGCAUACGAUGUCUGACGCUUGUGUUCUGUUAGGACACACUGUAAGAGCAAUAUAUUACAGUAUUAAACGGUUCUUCAACAGCAUGACUUUUAGUUUUAAUAUAAAGAUACUCAACACAGCCUCCAAACAUGUUAA